GAAGCUGACGAGCUGUUAUGACCUUUCUGCUCCGUUUCUUUCUCCUCUCUCCGCUAAUCAUCCAAGGAAGGAAGAGAGUCACGCCCGCCGCGAUCAGCCACGCCGACACUCGCGUCUCUCCUCCUCCAUCGAUUGCGUCGGCGAGCUGGAAUCUGCGUGACCGUGCGUGAAUGGAGAGUGGAUCCUCUUCCGGCGGAUUCCGGCUCCACGAGGAGCUGGAGCUGCAGGAAUUCCAGGACAAGUUCGUGAUCAGAUCGAAGGAGUCGCCGAGCGACGGGUUCUCCAUCGGUCGCAGAGAAGGAAACAUCGAAUCGCUCGCCGUUGCAGAAGAUGCUUCUUCCACUAGUCCUUCCAAGACGACAACAAUUUAUGGAGUUGUUGGAACAAUCAGACUACUCGCAGGAAAUUAUGUACUAGUGAUAACUUCGCGGGAGGAAGCCGGGACUUUUCUUGGUUUUCCUGUUUAUCGAGUGAAUUCUAUGAAAUUCCUUCCCUGCAACGACGCCUUAAAGCUUUCCACUUGUCAAGAAAAGCGGGAUGAGGCUUACUUCAUGGCUCUGUUGAAGACAGUAGAAUCAACUCCUGGAUUGUAUUAUUCUUAUGGAACAGACAUUACGCUCAACUUGCAGAGAAGACAUAGGUUGAUGGAUGGGUGGAUGACCAAGCCAAUCUGGAAGCAGGCUGACCCUAGAUUUGUUUGGAACAAGAAUCUUAUGGUGGAACUUAUUGAGUGUAAGCUUGAUGGAUUUGCUAUUCCGCUCCUACAAGGAAGCUUUCAAGCUGCACCAUUGGAGCUGAAGGGCUUACCUGCCACAAUUACAUUAAUCUCAAGGAGAUGCACGAGGCGCCUAGGAACGAGAAUGUGGCGAAGAGGAGCUAAUCUGGAAGGCGAUACCGCUAAUUUCAUUGAAACUGAGCAAAUUUUAGAGGCUGAAAGUUUCAAGUCCUCAUUGUUACAGAUUCGAGGCUCAAUUCCCCUUCUCUGGGAGCAAAUCGUAGACUUGAGCUACAAACCAAGACUUAGAGUAAUUAAUCAUGAGGAAACGUCAAAAGUUGUGGAGCGGCAUUUUCAUGAUCUUUCACAAAGAUAUGGAGAGACAAUGGUGCUUGACUUGACUGAUAGACAUGGUGAUGAAGGGCAAUUAGGUGCAGCAUAUGCUUCUGAAGUUGAAAAGCUGCCAAAUGUGAGAUACGUGUCGUUUGAUUUUCAUCAUAUCUGUGGCAGCUCAAACUUUGAAAACCUAGAAGUUCUCUAUGAAGAAAUUUCUGAAGACUUUGAGAAGCAAGGAUACUUCCUCGUGGAUGCUGAAGGGACUAUACUUGAGGAGCAGAAAGGAAUCAUUAGAGCAAACUGCAUUGAUUGUCUUGAUCGAACAAAUGUGACCCAGAGUUUUCUGGCUCAGAAGUCAUUAAAUAUACAGUUGCGAAGAAUCGGAGUGCUAGUUCCUACUGAAAGCUUUUCCACGUUCUCUGACAAUUAUGGGAAGUUCAGGACAUUGUGGGCAGAGCAAGGUGAUGAGCUAAGUCUUGAAUAUGCUGGAACACAUGCACUGAAGGGGGAUCUAGUCAGAUAUGGAAGACAGACAGUAGUAGGAAUGAUUAGAGAUGGGAUGAGCGCUCUCUCAAGAUACUACUUGAAUAAUUUCCAGGAUGGGAUACGGCAGGAUGCAAUAGAUCUUGUCAGCGGACACUACACAAUAAACAGAAAUGGCGCAUCACCGUUUCAGCUUAAUGGGUUUGAAUCAAUCUCAUAUCUCCCGGUAGCAUCAGCUUUGCUUGUUGGAACUUUGACGGCGACAACUUUAUCGCUUCAACAAGCUGGGAGGAGUGCGCAGCAGUUUAUCUCAUCUGCUCUGUGGGCUGGGGUAGCUGCUGGGGUGAUGGCCAUGGUGAAAGCCAAUGGAAGGCAGCUCUGUUCGAGGCCCCGCUUGUGUGGUCUCCUGUGACUUACACAACAAAGGUGCCUGCAUGCGUGAUAAACCUGUUAACUGCAUAGUACACGUUAGCGCGAAUCUUUGAUUAACCGAUUAUCGCUGCUUGCUCCAUUGUUUGUUCCGGUUUAUUGACUUAUUUAAUAUGCACUUUACACGAAUGCAAUGCUGGCUCUUAUUUCACGGUU